AUGCUAAUAGGAACUGGGGCUACCGUUGGGGAGUUUGGUUUAGAAGCAGGUGCAAACCGUAGUCCAUGCUCAAACAUCUAUCCGGGCUCAUCAGCGUUUAGUGAAGUGGAAACUGCCGGUAUGCGAGAUUUUAUUAUUUAUCAGAUUCCGGAUCUUAAGGUUUACAUCAGUCUGCACAGCUACGGACAGCUCUUCCUCGCACCGUGGGGCUACACAAGUGAUAAGCCAAACAAUUACGGCGAUCAGGUAGGCUUAAAUAUUUGUGGUAUCCAUAGGAAGAAGCACGCGGCGCAUCUGGCAGUGGAGGCAAUUCGAAACAGAACCGGUGCCAGUUAUAACUUCGGAACUAUUUCUGAGCUGAUGUAUCCAGCAUCAGGAACAAGCAUCGAUUACAUGCAGGAUAAGGGCGUCCCAUAUAUUUAUGGUAUUGAGCUGAGGCCAGAGGACGCGGACAGCAAUAUCGGCUUCACAAUACCCGCGCGAUUCAUUGAACCCACCGGUUAG